AUGUAUGUGGACCCAUGGAAGUGGAGUCUCGGUGGUAGCAGAUAUUUCGUGACGUUUAUUGAUGAUGCUUCACGGAAAUUAUGGGUAUAUUUCUUGAGAACAAAGGACGAAGUUUUCAAGUACUUCAAAAGGUUUCAUGCUAUGGUGGAGAGACAGACUGGUAAACCUUUGAAGUGUCUUCGCUCAGAUAAUGGAGGAGAGUACUCUUCCCAUGAAUUCAAGAAUUAUUGUCCUGAUCAUGGAAUCAGGCAUGAGAAGACUGUACCUGGAACCCCACAACAUAAUGGUAUGGCUGAAAGAAUCAAUAGAACCAUUAUGGAGAAAGUGAGGUAUGAUAUGUUGAUAGUGGGACAAGAUAUGAAGUUGAUUGGUGAUUUGAAGAAGGACUUAGCAAAUUCUUUUGAUAUGAAGGAUCUCGGCCCUGCGAAUCAAAUUUUGGGCAUGCAGAUCAAGCGAAAACGAAAAUCCAAGAGGUUGUGGUUAUCGCAAGAACGUCAGAGCGCAUUGGAUUUAAGUAAGAAUGCGAUGUACCACUCUCGCACGAAGCACAUUGAUGUCAGAUAUCAUUGGCUACGUCAAGCAGUGGAAGAACAACAGUUCAAGUUGGAAAAGAUUCACAUUGACGAAAAUCCUGCUGACAUGAUGACGAAAGUUAUAACAGGAGGAAAACUUCAGCUUUGUGUCGAGCUGAUCGGCAUGGUUUGCAUGUGA